AUGCUUCCACAAGUGACUGAUCGGCAGGAUCAUGCUGCUACCACUGAUCCUUAUUUUCACCACCAGCACACCCAGCCUCACCAUUUGAAUUCUCUAGACGAAUCAUUAUUACCACCCUCAAAGCGUAGGCGUCCGGACCCGGGUCAUCAAACACAGCUCCAGCCUAAUGUAUGGCACUUCCCAGAAAUGACUUCAACUGCCUCAGGUCUUUGUGCUGUCUCCGCUCGUAGCAACAGAUCCUCGCCAACGGUUGGUAAUAUUUAUGACGAUCCUUCUUCUCACGAUUUGUCGGGCUCAGCAGGUGACCUCAACUCUUUAAUGAGUACGGUUGACAUGCAUCCAUUUGACCAUUCUUCUGUAAGCUCCGUGCACUCUUCAUCCUCAUCAGCUACGGUUCCGAACUCUUCUUCCUCAUCAUCAGUUCCUUCAUCAACGGACCCCUCUCAUUAUCAAAACUACCCAACUCAUCUGGCCCAUGAAAACACUGUCGCUACUCAAUACCAACCAGUCGAAGUCCAACAAUACCAACAAAUUCCAACUCUUCAACAAACUCCAUCCCCGCAACUUCAUCAUACUCAUCAGAGCCACCAUCAUCAAAAUCAUCACUUGCCUCCACCGCAGCUACUACCCACUUCACACUCUACGCCUGACCCGGAAAAGGAUCCGGAGCAAAUCCCUUCCGAACGCUACAACUUAACAACAUAUCUCCCCUUUUUUUUGCAGUCUCAAGAUACCCAACUUAAUGGAUACCCUAACUCCAUAGGUCAUUCCUCCAGUACCUCAAAUCAGCAAGGCCUUAUGACAUUUGAAACCAUCCACUCCAUUAUCCGUUCUGAGGAAGAGGAAAUGUUGGAUAUUCAACGACUAGGUCGCGUGCAGCUAAAUGGCCGCAUUGAAAUGUUUACGUGUAAAGAAUUCACUCUUAUUGAUCAACUCAAGGCUUUGUAUCAAUGUAAUCAUUGUUAUGGCAAAGUCGUCUAUGGACCCAACACUCGUUUCAUGUCUCACCUCCUCAACUGCCCCCUUGCACCUGCCCCCAUCAUCCAACAAUGCCGUGAAAUGGGUGUUUACGAUAUGAUCAAUAUGAAUGAUAUGCCCUUUAUCAUUUUCACAUCUCUCACAUUUGGAAGUCUCCAGCCAUUUGAGGUACUUAAAAGCCCAGUAGCACGGUCGCUUAUUUUUUCCCUCAAGCUUCCAUUAGAGACUUUUGCCUCACCAGCCGUGCUUAGUUACUUUUUCUCGCGUAUCCAAGCAUGGCAUGACGAUUUGUUCUUAAAGUAUUUUACCAAACCCACGCGCCUCACUCUCAGAGUUGAGGGCUGGGCUGAGUGGAACAGCAAAUAUCUCUACAUCGUCACCGCAACAACAUCAACAGGGAAAUCUUUCUUUGUGUCUGCGUUUGUGCUUGACUCACAACUAGUGCAAGCGUUUGCGCCAGAAAUGAAUAAGAUCCUGCGCUUCUUGCAGCAAAACCCUAAUAUUUUUAUUGUAGGGAUCGUUACCGACGGCUUCGUUAACUUGGAAAUGCUGCUCAGCAGCUCCAUCCAAUUCCGCAAAUCUCCAUACACCCCACUUCUGUCAACUCCAGUAACUCUCAACUUUUCUCAUUUGCUCAAUCUCAUGACUGAGUCUAUUUGUGAAUCAGAGCAGUUUAAGGAAGUUUUCGACAAAAUUAUGGAGAUUUGCUAUACGUUCCCCAACAGAUACAGAACUGUGGAACAAUUUUCUGGUGGAAAGUACUCAAAAAUCCCAUCGUACAAGUCACCCAAAAUGCCCAUCAAAGUGUACUCUGUUGCCGCAGUGCUAGCCAAGGUCCCUCACUUUUUAAAGCACUUUGCCAAUGAAGAGGUCAUGCAAUGUCUCAAGGAAAAAACAUUUUUUCACGAAAUUGAGACUCUUGUUGCCAUUUUCAAGGAAAUUUCAACUUGUCUUUGCAACUCCGAGCACGAUCUGUUUCGCCUUUCAGACGGUGUUGUUUUGCUAGUUCAACUUAUGGCCCAUGUUGAGGCUAUUGUCUCGGCAUCCAAGCUUUACCCUGAUCAAAAGACAGUAGUACUUGUGGGUCUGAAACGUGCCUUUGCGGAAUGGUGUAAUCAAGAUAUGGUUCUCGAAACGUUAUACCUUGACGUGCGCUAUAAUGUGCAAUUCACACCAGUGUCACUGGCGUAUAUUAAAAACAACAUCAAAACAUAUCUCCCAGUCAACAUUAAUAAUAACAAUAGCAGUAGCAGCAGCAGCACUAAUAACAGCAGCAGCAACAGCAGCAACAGCAAGACUGGAAAUAACGCCGAUGGGCUCAAGCAAAUCACCGCAGAGCUUGCUGCGUUUAAAACUGCACCAUACACCAUCUCGUCGAUCGACAUUCUGGAACACUGGAACAUGCUUGCCGGAGCAGGGUUCCCACAGCUUGCAAGCGUUGCGACACUGCUUCUCAGCGUGCUGGGAAACUCUAUCAGCUACGAACUGAACCACGCACAACGGGUAAGGUUUUCGGAGCCACUUAAGAGUGCGACAGAUAUUGAUGCUGUUGCGCCGGCAUUCCAAGCACACCAGAUUGCGGAACUUAUGGAACAAGACGAGCAGUGCAUGGACACGCGCAAGCACCCAGCGCUUCGCAAGUUUGUGGACCUGUGCCAUGAGCACCGUGCGGAGGAGGAGACUGCGGAGAUGAACCGACGGUCGCCGUAUCCGCCUAGCUACGAGGAGACGUCUUUUAACGUGAGCUGGGAGUAUGCGCGGUUCUUGAGCCAGGAAUAUAAAACUCUGGACACAAAGCCUCCUGCCGUGGAGUUUUCAUUUAGAAAUUGCGCGGAUAACGGUAAGGUUAUUUUCGGGCUGUCCGAAAAGUCAAUUUCGGAAACAAUUCUUACGGUGAUUGAUUAUUCGUCUUACCAGCGUAUCGUCAACAGUACAAAAUGA